CAGAUUUUCUAGGUUCAACGAAGAGCGUGAUUUCCAGGGUGGAAAUCACUUUGACCAGUAUGAAGAGGGCCAGUUGGAGCUGGAACAGGCGUCCCUGGACAAGCCCAUCGAAUCGCGAAUUGGCCCCCUAUUAGCUAAGCAGCAAUGACCCGCCCAGUAUUUUAAAGCCAGGUUCGUAUGGAAAUGCCUUCACUCCACUUGCACUGCUGUUGGACUCGCCGUCGUUGCUUUCAUCUGUCUGUCUAUUCUUUUGGUGCACUCAUCUGUAGUCUAACAUUCAGUCUGCACCUCAUCUCUGGUCUCCAACCUCUGCUGAGCCCAUUUUGACCCCAUCUGUUUACUUUCAAGAGCUGCAAACUGUUGCCUCAUCCGACCUGCUCUACUUGUUCUACAGCCCUAAAAAAUUAGCUGAAACACAUUUGAAUUAAGGUUGGAAUUUCAAAUGGUUAUGUGUAAUUAUUUGGUCUUUUGCAGGAUUUUUCAAACAUUGGUGAUGCAAAAUGAAUCAGUUAGGAAAAGCUGAAUAACCAUGUUAUUAGCAGAUAAAUAUAGGUGGAUUGUUUUUUUUCUUAAAGCUGCACAAUUUUAGCAAAUUGACAAAUGCUGACUUCUACAUAGUGGUUGCUCCAUACGGUUGUACAAAAGGAAGCAUUGUAUCAUGAGCAGUAGCGAGUGUCUGCAGUGCAGACGUACGUCAGGGGCAUACCAGAAACUGCAAAGCAGCUCAUUCCAAAUCAUGACCACAAUUGUACCUUUAGGCUUCAAAUUUAUGAGCUGAGUCGGGCUUUAUGUUGUCUCUCUACCAUGUGAGGGACGGCACAAACGGAUCUUUUGUCUUUCACAGGAAACUAAUCCAAUUGUCAGACUCUACAUAUAUCAUAACCAGGUUAAUGAAGGGACAAAUUGCCCAAACUCUUGAGAAAAACAAGCUCCAUGACUUUACCAUCCCUCAAGAGUAACCAGUCAUGAUGUUUGCCUCUCAGUUAUUAACCUUUUCAGGACACAAUUGUAGUUUAAUAGGGACAGGAGAAGCGUAAAGAGACAGCUGUGAGGAAAACAAACCCUGUAAAAACAGCUCAAUUGUUGUGUUUCCAAGAUAUAAAGUAAUACUGGAUGUGCAAAAACGACGGCAACAUUAUCAAUUCUCAAAUACUCCAGAUUGCAAGUAAACACUAAAAACUGAGUUUUGAAUUAUCACUUCUUUAAAAACAUUAGCAAAAAUCUCAAUUUAUGUUGGUAAAACCACAGUUAUGUUUGCAGAUGAUGAGUGUGAGGGCAGCAGUAAGUAUUUACCAAAAUAUCAGAGUCAUUGUGUACUGGGUCAUAUUUUUCUCACCAGCUUCUAGGUCUGGGUGAUGUGGCUUAAAAUCUGUAUCACAAUAUAUUAAGGAUUUUAACUCGAUAACAAUAAAUAGACGAUAACCACAGGUAUGCGCAGAAACACCAGAUGGGGCUGUCACGUGUAUUACAUUGAGUCACAUUUUUAUGUGAGUCAAGGUGGAACAGCUUCUUAAAGGGGCAUGAAUGUCACCAACCUACAAACAUUUUUUCAUUUUUUAUUAUCAAAUUUGUGGACAUGGGAAAAAUCAUCUCGAUAAAAGUCAGAAAUUUUGAAAACGAUAUCUUUUUGAUUUAUUGCCCAACCAUACCAGCUUCAUAGUAAAUGACCAUUCCACAGUUUAGACGAUUUAUUUUUUUUAAUCUAGAAAUGUAUGAAAAGAGCAAAGGAAGGCAUCAGUUUGCUCUGAAACAAACAACCAAAAAGUAAAUCCAGCUUAUUUCAGUUGCAGUGUUGGGGUGGAGAUGCAGUGUGUGCUUUGUGUUUGAGACUACCUCCAUUACAAACCCAGCUCUCCUCUAUCACCUUAAAAUGCACCCUCAUCAUGGCUCAGCCUGCUCUUGUUUUGUCCGUUUCUGUUAUUUAUUUAUUUUUCUGACCUCCUGUCAAAGAGAUCUAAUUGAGCCUUGUUGAGCCAUCACCUUUCUCUCUGUGGCUGAUCCACCUGAGACUAACCGCUGGAGUUUUGUUAACCUGCCCUCCACCUUCAGCCCACCCCUCUGAAUGUGUCCCACUCACAAUGCGCUACUAACUCCGACGACCCUUUUUGUUAAAACACUUUAACAAAAAGCUGCAUGCUGUUUUUUUAUUUUUAUUCCUUCCCCUUCACUUACUGUUUGUGAAAGUUGAUGUCAGUCUCUUUGUGAUUAUAAAUAUCCUUUUUUGUUUGGUUUGUAUGGUUUUUGGUAGAAUGCAGCACAUUGGUGAAUGUUAGACAAGCUUGGAAUAGUUAUAAUCACAACACAAAACACUGCUUACAAAGAAAUCUCAUUGUUUCCUGUUUAUUUGUGCUUGAGGAUGUACUAGUGUGUAGUGGUGGGACGGUUUUGCAUUUCAAGUCAAUGUUUUAAUAUGGCUGACUCAUGCUAGCAAUUUUAACAAUAUUCAACUUGCACAUUUGGCCAUAUGUUGCGCUAGCAAAUACUGUUGUGUAUGUUUUUAUAUGCCUUAAAGAGCUUGUCCACAUUCUUGGACUCAGUUUUCUAUAGGAAGCAUUGGUAAUGAUAGGAAAAAGAAGAAGAAUUUAGAUGGAUGUCUGAAAUCGUUCUUUUUGCUGAUCGUAUGAGGGGUCCUAGUCUGAAAGGUGUGUUUUCUAGUCUCUAAAUACUAGUGAUCAUUUUUUAAAAGUGAUAUGACAAUAGUGCAAUCAGUGAAAAUUGGUUGAAAAGAAAAAUAUAUUUGAAAUCUUGAUCAUGGUUACAACAUGACAGUUAAUAGACAGAAAAGGUUGAAGGUGUCCAAAAACAUCUACAACAGUCACUUUUGGUAACAGGGCUACAAGCACACUGUCUCUCUCUCUCCACCUGCACACCCACAUACCCCUUCACAUAUCCAUAGUCUGUCUACCCUGGGCCUUGUAAUGGUAAUCCAAGGCCCUUUAGCUCCACUUCUGUCUCUUCCUCUUGCUCUUUUUGUGACCGCUGUAUAUGUUUCAUGGUGCUCCCUUUGUCAUGGUGACGGAAUCACAGCAAGCUUGGAGUUUCUGGUCUUCAUUUUGGUAUUGCUAGAUUUCCAUACCUGUUUCGUUUAACUUUUCUUUGUGUACUAAGUUCUUACUCUGUAGUGGAUCAUAUAUGUAUGUGUGUGAUACAUAUAUUGCCCUCUCCUUCCUCCUUUUAACAUCUCAGUUAGUAGAUGUUACUUGAUGUGUUAUCUUAACUAUGAAUAAUAGAAAUGCUCAUGCCCAAUUUUUGCCUGAAAACUCUUUUUUUAAUUGCACUCAUGAUGCAUCAAAACAUCUUGUAGUCUACAGGUGUCAAAUAGCCUUUUGUAUUGAUUUAAAAACCUGAAAUCCUACCCUACAUCUCAAGUCUCCCGAUUCUAAUUCCUCUCCCAAACUGCCCUAACACACUUUGUGCUGGAAGACACUGAUUGUUACACUUUGUAGGUGAUGACAAUAAAGACAAUGGUGAUGGUGGUGGUGGUUGUGCUUAUGAUGAUAGUGUGAUUUGAGUGUUUUGUCUGUUUGUUGUUUUUCUUUUUUACUCGAGCCCACAGGGAAUAGCUCUUCUUAUUAUUGGAAUAUUUUUGGUUUUUCUCCUCUGUUCUCUCUGCUAGGAUAACAUUGGGCACCGGCUGCUUCAGAAACAUGGCUGGAAAUCAGGACAAGGCCUUGGCAAAACCAUGCAGGGACGCACAGACCCUGUGCCCAUUAUACUUAAAUAUGAUGUCAUGGGGAUGGGCCGGAUGGAAAUGGAGCUGGACUAUGCAGAGGAUGCCACAGAGAAGAGGAGAGUCCUCGAAGUGGAAAAGGAAGACACAGAAGAACUUCGACAGAAAUACAAGGACCAGGUGGAAAAGGAGAAAGCCAUUGCUAAAGCUCUGGAAGACCUAAGAGCAAAUUUCUACUGUGAGCUUUGUGACAAGCAGUAUACUAAACACCAGGAGUUCGACAACCACAUUAACUCUUACGACCACGCUCACAAGCAGAGGCUCAAAGAGUUGAAGCAGAGAGAGUUUGCUCGUAACGUGUCGUCCCGUUCACGCAAAGAUGGAAAGAAGCAAGAAAAGAUGCUGCGCCGACUACAUGAGCUGGCUGAGCAGAGGAAACAAGACAAGCAAAACCAGACUCCUGGAAGUGGACCCAUGUUCAAAACCACCACAGUUGCUGUUGAUGGAGAGAAACCAGACGAUGUUGACAACAUGGUAAUUGAGAACCCUGUUGUGGCAGACGCCACCCUAGAGGGACUGCCUGCAGAAAAACCGGGCCAGUCGUCUCCCAAGUAUGGACCUGCUAUCACUUUUUCUCUAAGAAAGAGCAAAUCUUCAUCUCCAACUCCCAGUGGUGCAUCCAAAGUCAGUGUGUCGUUUUCUUUUGCCAAGAAAGCCCCAGUAAAGUUGGAGACAGCAGCUGCUGUGUUCACUGAUCACGGUGAGGAGGCGAUUGAGGAGGAGGAGAGUCAGGAGGGAGAGAAAGCUGUAGCACAAGAGGAGACAUCAGGCUGCAGCACAGACAGUCCAAAGGGAGGAGCUGAAGAAUGUGAAGGAGAAGAGAAAGGUGGCAUGGCUGGGAUGGAGGAGACACAGCAGUCAGAUGAUGGGGGCUCUCUAGCCUCUACUCUCAGCAAACUCAAGAUGAUGAUGAUGAUGAAGAAAGAGGAAGGACAUACUGGACAGGAGCCUCAGUACUACCACUAUGUACCUCCAGCUCAUUGUCGGGUAAAGCCCCACUUUCAGUUUCUGCUGUUCAUGAAGGCAACUGAACAGGGUGCUAGCAAAGAUGAGGAAGAUGAGGAAGAGGUGCAGGAGGAGAAACAGGCUGAGGAAAGUUGUGAUCAGACAGAGUCUAAAGCAACUGAGGUUAAAAUGGAAAAAAAACAAGAAGAUGAUGCACCAGCCCCUGACCCAGAGCCAGCUCCUCCGUCACCUGAAGCAAAGCCUGAUGAAGAUGCUUCCGUGUGUGUAGAAGACACGGCUUCAGCAGUGCCCACUUGUGCUCCUCAGAAAGAGGAGAAAACACAGAACACGGCGGAUUCAAAUACGGGUCCAAAAAUCCCUACUGGUCCCUUCUUCCCAGUCCUGAGCAAAGAUGAAAGUACGACCCUGCAGUGGCCCACAGAGCUGCUUGAAUUCACAAAAGCUUUGCCUUCACUGUCUUACAGCUGCAACCCUCUCUACUUUGACUUUAAGCUGUCUAGAAACAGAAGACUGCAUGGUGCAAAAGCAGAAAAGUCUCCUAAACCUGCUGAAGAGACCGAUAACAAAGGACAGGAAGUAGCUGCUUCAACAGCUGAAGGAGAUGCAGCACCGGAGCCUGAUAGGAACACUGAUAAAAACAAGUCAGUGGUGAAGGGAGAGCCUGGCCAGCCGGACGGUGAUGAACAAAAACCUGAAACCUCCAGUGGUAGUACAAAGAAGAAGAAGAAAAAGAAGAAGCAUAAAAAAUCUGCAAAGCAUUCCAAACACAAAGGAAAAGAGAAAAAUGCUGCAGAAGAUGCAGAAGAGACUGAUGUUACGCAGGAGAAACCCAAAAAGAAGAAGAAGCACAAACGGAAGAAAAGCAAAAACAAGAAUCCAGAUAAGACGACGUGUGGUGAAAAAGAAAAGGCUAAGCCAAAGUCAGAAGAUAAGGCCAUUAGCUCUUCUGUUCAGCUGACAACCGGUGGUGGAGCAUCCACGGCAACUGAACUGGGCAAGAGGAAACGAGCUGCAAAGGAAGUGCCUUCGAAGACUGGAGCAGAGCAAGGAGGAAACGGAAAAAGUAACGACAAGCCCAACUCCUCCGAGGAGCACAGUAGUACCAAGAAACAAAAAACCGACUCCAGCGCAUCCCAAAGUGCCUCCUGCUCUGCUGCUGCUCAAAAGAGUCCUGGUCAUGGUAGGCCCCCCAGCAGCGAAAGUGAAGAAGAAGGUGGCUCCAACAAUCAGCACUCACGCCAUCACAAGUCAAGUCCACGGGAGCAGCGACGCCACCACAGUGAAGAAUCCAGACGGUCUUGCAGCCGCUCAUCGAGGCGGGGGGACAGACGGGGCAGCAGUCGUCGGCACCAUCGUGGCCAGACCUCUCGUAGUCGCUCGUACUCUAGUAGCUCAGAGCGUUCCUCGGCAGGAAGCAGUGCCUACAGUUACCGCAGCCGCAGCUACUCGGACAGCUACAGCGACUACAGCACAGAAGGCCGCAGGCGGCGGCACUCCAAACGCUCCUCAGACUCAGAAUAUGAACGAAGGGGCAGCCGAGGACGUAGACGGUCCAGGAGACAUCAGUACACCUCCUCCUCCUCAGAGGACUCUCGCUCACAUUCACGUAGCUGCAGCCGAAGGAAGAGGCAUCGGCGCCGUCACCGGAGCAGCUCCAGAAGUUCCAGCAGCUGGAGUCGCAGCACAAGUACAAGAUCCUGGAGGCGGAGCUACAGCCGUAGCCGAAGCUCAGGCAGCCGUUCCUCCAGCUCAAACAAAGGUUCCCCGCACAGACGAAGCACCAGGGCUCGAGGGGACAGUGACACAAAUCGCAGAGACUUCAACCGCUCCCGUAUCUACCGCUCCCAGUCCCCACGUUCAUCGUCACGAGGCCUUAACCGCAACACCCACUCGUCCGGCUUGCAAGCUUUGAGGCCAGGCGGGUCCCGUGAUGCAGGGGAACAGAGAAACACGCUAACGGCACGCCAACUGCUGGAGAAGGUUCAGUCCAAAAAGAGUUCAGAUGAUUCAACCACAGGAGCAAAAUCUGGGAGUAAGAUUAAAGACCCGCCACAGGGCUACUUUGGUCCUAAACUACCCCCGACUCUAGGAAGCAAAGCCAUGUUGCCGCUUUUUGGUAAGCUUCAGGCAGGAAAGAAACCUUUGCUCUCCCUAACCAGACCUGAUGAGGGAGAGAAAUCUGGAACGGGAAAGAACUCGGAAGCAGAUGGAGAGGUGAUCCUUGUUGAACCCAUAAGAGAGUUUCCUCCUCCACCGCCACCACCACCAGCUCCACCAGUCCAGAAGGUUGAAGAGGCUCCACAGACCACAGUGACUCAAGCAGAGAUGCAGCAGCAACCCACGUCUGAGGAACAGGUACACCAAGACCCUCUGCCGAUGUUUGAACAGGACCCUUCCAUGAUGAUGUCCCAGUACCAAGGAGAAUCAGGACAGGAUUCCUCCCACAACCCCAUGAUGGAGUCUCUAAUGCCUGAUAUGCAACAACAGCCCCCGGUGCACGGGUACCCGACUUACCCUCCCCCCAGUCUGGAGGAGGACAGCAUUGAGGCAGAAGAGGAUGGACUGGCGCCUUUGGAGAGUCAGCCCAUCACCUUCACACCAGAGGAGAUGGAAAAAUACAGCAAGCUGCAACAGGCAGCACAGCAGCACAUUCAGCAGCAACUUUUGGCCAAGCAGGUCAAAGCCUUUCCCUCAGCUGCAGCGGCUGCAGCUGCAGCUGCCGCAGCUGCCAACUUGGCUCCAGCUCCCGCUCCACCAGCCCUGCAGCAGAUCCACAUCCAGCAGCCCACCGUUUCUGUAGCUUCAGGAACGUCCAUCGCCACCGUCCAGCAUGCCAUCCUGCAACACCACGCAGCCACUGCUGCAGCCAUGGGCAUCCACCCAGCACACCCCCACCACCAUCAUCCCGCACACGCUCAGUUGGCCCAGGUACAUCACAUUCCGCAGCACCACCUUACUCCCAUCUCCUUGUCUCCUUUGGCCCCCUCUCUUGGUCAUUCUUUGGGACACACACUGGGACAUGCAGGACUGAUUCCUGCCCACCCAACAGCCUUCCUGUCUGGUCAGCCCAUUCAUAUUAUCCCUGCGUCUGCACUUCACCACACCCCCUUAGCUCUCCACCACGUCCCGCAUGCAGCUCUUUAUCCCACACUUUUUGCCCCACGUCCCUCCCAGGCUGCUGCAGCGGCAGCUCUGCAGCUCCACCCACUCCUGCACCCAAUUUUCUCAGGACAGGACCUUCAGCACCCGCCUAAUCAUGGCUCCUGAGUGACAACGGACGUGAAACAUGAUAAUUACAGGAUUCAGCUAUUAAACGCAGGACAGAACAAUUAUUGGUCUGAGGAUUUAGACGUAUGUGUCAGACGCGACACCUGUAAGUUAAACCACGCUGGUGGAAACCUGCCUUGGGAUAAAAAAACAACACUAAUAUUGUCAUCAUCUAGUUUGUGUAGCUUGGUUUAUUUCCCCUCGUGCUUUAUCUAAAUAUUGAGUCAAGACAAACUUUCUAUUGAAAUUGGCUUUUAUUUUAAUCCAGGCUGACAAAACACACUGGAGAUUUUUGCAUAAACGAUUACAGGUUUAGCUACUUUUAGCGUCCAAAGAGAACCGAAGUGACUAAGAGAAGUAAACAGAGUCCUGCUAUGGCAGGAGAAAAGUGGCUAUGUUACAGAAAUGAACCUCAGCGGUGUAAUGCAAGAUAUUGCUGAGAUUGCACAUUUUGGUUAUUUCUGCUACAUUGAUGUUCCCAUUAGACAACCUGUUUUCUACUUGUCUUCAGAUAGUUUGUAUUGCUGUAAUUUGUACAUAUAUCAGUGUAUAAUGUGAAAAAUCAGGCCAACAGUUACAUGAAACGACAUGUCUGCAGUCUAAACUGGUAUAGCGCUGUCCUUAAGGAGGAAUUUGAUGCAAGGGUUUUACUGAUUCUCUGAGGCAAAACUUGUUUUCUGUUUGAGGGUACACAUGAGUGAAUUGCACUGAAAUCUGUACAUUGAGGUGGUGUGUUUGCAUCACAUAACAAUGAGUGUAGUAUACUGCAAUAAUUGUAAUUUUGUUUUUAAAUUAUUUUCCAAAUUCUCUUCAGAAGAAGGGCCUUGUUUGGCUUUUGUGUAAUUUUGUAAAUAAGAAUGCUGUAGAUUAACCUUUUAACACUUAAAGGUCGAGAGCUAUUAGGAAAAAUAAAGUGGGAUAAAAGUUGGACACGUGUGUUUUAUCAGGCUGUUUCUCAAUCGUCCCGCUGACACCGGCUGGGAUUGCAACAAGACGUCUGUCAAGAAGUAGCGACUGUAUUUAAAAAAACACAACUCUGUUUCACCAAAAUAAAACCUUCAGCGCA